GCCAGAUGGAAUUGGAACAGUAUCUGUUGAAGAGAAAGAAAGGUUUGAGGAAAUUAAGGACAGACUUUCCUCCCUUUUGGAAAACCAAAUAAGCCAUUUCAGAUACUGUUUCCCUUUCGGACGUCCUGAAGGAGCUUUAAAAGCCACACUUUCAUUACUUGAAAGGGUUUUAAUGAAAGAUAUUGCCACUCCCAUACCAGCAGAAGAGGUGAAGAAAGUGGUUAGAAAAUGUCUGGAGAAGGCUGCCUUGAUCAAUUACACUCGACUUACAGAAUAUGCCAAAAUAGAAGCAACAGCAGAAAAGGACUCAGAAACCAUGAACCAAGCAACACCUGCUAGAAAACUGGAAGAGGUUCUUCACCUUGCAGAGCUCUGUAUUGAAGUAUUGCAGCAAAAUGAGGAACAUCAUUCAGAGGGAAGAGAGGCGUUCGCUUGGUGGCCAGAAUUAUUGGCUGAGCAUGCAGAGAAGUUUUUGUCUCUGUAUUCUGUUGAUAUGGAUUCGGCACUCGAGGCACAGCCGCAGGACUCCUGGGACAGCUUCCCACUUUUCCAGCUGCUGAAUAACGCCCUCAGAAAUGACACAUUUUUGUGCAAUGGAAAGUUUCACAAGCACUUGCAAGAAAUUUUUGUUCCCAUGGUCGUCCGCUACAUUGAUCUCAUGGAAUCAUCACUUGCCCAGUCCAUUCACAGAGGUCUUGAACAAGAAUCAUGGCAACCUGUCAAGAGCAUCAGCAACAGUCUUCCUAAUGUAGCUCUUCCAAAAGUUCCAAGUUUGCCUCUUAAUCUUCCACAAAUACCUAGCUUUACUACACCAACCUGGAUGACUUCUUUGUAUGACUCCACCAAUGGCUCAGCCACAUCGGAAGAUCUUUUCUGGAAACUGGAUGCUCUGCAGAUGUUUGUUUUUGAUCUUCACUGGCCAGAACCAGAAUUUGCCCACCAUUUAGAGCAGAGACUUAAACUCAUGGCCACUGACAUGAUAGAAGCCUGCGUUAAAAGAACAAGAAUUGCAUUCGAACUCAAGCUGCAAAAAACAAACAAAUCAACAGACUUGCGUAUCCCUUCUUCUCUGUGUACCAUGUUUAAUGUCUUAGUUGAUGCCAAAAAACAAACAGCUAAACUCUGCAUACUGGAUGGGGGGCAAGAGCAACAAUACCAUUCAAAAAUAGAUGACUUGAUUGAAGAAACUGUUAAGGAAAUUAUUUCUCUUCUUGUUUCAAAGGUUGUUUCGGUGUUAGAAGGUGUGCUGUCUAAAUUGUCAAGAUACGAUGAAGGCACUUUCUUCUCAUCAUUAGUUUCAUUCACUGUGAAAGCAGCUGCAAAAUAUGUUGAUGUUCCCAAACCAGGGAUGGAUCUAGCAGACACCUACAUUAUGUUUGUUCGACAAAACCAGGAUAUACUUCGAGAAAAGGUCAAUGAGGAAAUGUACAUAGAGAAGUUAUUUGAU